AUGCAUGUGAAAACUGUGCUCAUCCUCCUCGUUCUGGCUUUAGCCACGAUAUUUGCCUUAGUCUGUGUGUUGCUGACCAGAGGAAGGGCCCCCAGCACCUGCCAGCACCAGCCCCUGCAGCCGGAGGACACCGAUGACGGCCAGAGCCUGGUCUGUCCUGAUCUGACGCCCGAAGAGAUGGUGCAAGUGGUGCGGUACCUGCAGGGAAACCUGGGGGUGCAGCUGGUUGACGCCUCGCAUGCAAAGCCCUCCGACAACUGCAUCGCUUCCGUCGACGUGCAGGUCCCUGCCAAGGCAGAGUUGUCCUUGGGGACCCAGCCGGACCCCAACAUCACCGAGUAUGUGGUGGGUCCGCUGCCAACGCCAGUGUAUCACCGGGACGUCACGGUGCAGAAGUAUGGGGGGAAGGUGCCAUACCACCGCAGACCAACACUGGCUGUUGAAUACAAACAGGUUGCAGGGUUUUUAAAAAGCCAAGUGUUCCCCACAGCUCCAUCCUUCAUGCGUCAAGUGAUGGAGUAUGAUGGAGCUAGUCUAGCAGCCCUGACAGCUGCUCCCCGUGGAUUCCAGUCUGGAGAUCGGAUCACCUGGUUUGUUCUGUUUCAGAACGUGAGCGGGUUCUUUGUGCACCCGGUGGGGCUGGAGGUGCUGGUGGACCACAGCAGCCUGGACAUCUCCCGGUGGGCAGUGAGCAGGGUCUUCUACAAUGGGCAGUACUACAGGGACAUGGUUCAGCUGGAGAGUGCCUACGUGCAGGGUCGCAUCAGGAUGUCAACGAGGUACAUGGAUGGGAGCUUUGGCAUCGGGCGCUACACCUCCCCCUUGGUGCGAGGGGUCGACUGCCCCUAUUUAGCAACAUACCUGGAUGUGCACUACCUUGCUCAUUCCCAGGUCUCUAAAGUUAGUAAAAAUGCCCUCUGCAUAUUUGAGCAGAACCUG